ACGAUCACGUCCCAACGGGCGAUCAAUAUCAACUCUUGGAACAGGUAUCAUCGUUGACCUGAUCGUAUAGCACUUACAGAAGUUGCAGAACUGACCGGCGAACGCACUGUGGAAGUACCAAUAGUCCGAAACACCUAGAUGGUGCGAGAUCUUCCGGCUCUUGAGCGGGCAACGGUUCUCUACUGAGCCCCUCGGAUCCCGUGGGAGAUUCCUAAUGGCAAGCGAGAUGCCCCGCAGAAGCAACGCCGAGUGAAAGAAGCAAAAGCCUUCAUGACUGCAGCAGUCCUCUUGAUCUUCUGCUAUAGAUCAGCGUUUUGUCGUGUUUUUUCUUCUUCACUUUUUUAUGCGUGCAUGUUGUACAUGUUUUACAUGGCGUAUAGAGUGGCAAAAGCUCCCAAAUGCAUGGCGGUGUGUAUUGGUUAAUGUCUCGAAACUGUUCUCAUGCGCAAUAUUUAAUCGCUACAGGAGAGUUCAUAAAGUGCUGGCAUUACAAACAUGCGGGCUCUAAACACCAAGGCGCUGCCUCGUGGCCGACACAAAGCUGCAUCGAGAACAACCACUGCGGUGGCACACGUCAAUCACCGAUCGACAUCGAAACUACUAAGGCCGUGCAAGACCAAAGUUUGCCAAAGCUCACUUUCAAAAAUUUCGAUGCUCCCAUGACUGAGUGGGAGUUGAUGAACAACGGUCACAGUGCUGCCUUUAAACCGGGCAAAGACGACAAGACAGAACGCACCGUCAGCGGAGGUCUGCUUCAUGGAACCUACGUAUUUACUCAAUUCCACUUUCACUGGGGAUCCAAGAAUACCCAAGGCUCGGAACAUUUGGUCGACAGCAAGGCUAGCGUAAUGGAGAUGCACAUGGUGUUCAUGAACAAGAAAUAUGACACAGCUGACAAGGCCGUGCAUAAUACUGACGGAAUUGCAGUGCUUGCAACGUUCUUUCAGGUCGGGACGAACUCGCGUGGUCUGGACACGUUGGCGGCUCAUCUUUCGGAGAUUACGACGCCGGGCAACAUUUACAAGGGACUCCCCGCCGAAAAAGUGUCUUUACUAGACCUCCUGCCAACGAACACAAAUGAUUUCUACACUUACGAAGGUUCCCUAACGACGCCACCAUGCUGGGAAGCUGUCACGUGGACCGUCUUCCGCGAACGGUCGGAGAUCAAGCAGAGUCAGCUCGACGGAUACCGGAAGUUGAAUGACAUGGAAGACAUUCACAUCUCCAACAACUAUCGCCCUCCACAGGCCAUGAAUGGCCGAGUAGUAAAAACCACCUUUGCGCCAUAAUGGAAUACAGAGACGACGAAAAAAAAUUGACGAUGACUUGCA